UGUUAGGGAGAUGAUACCGACCGAACUCGAAAAAAUUAACCAAACUGAUCCUACUGGCUUGGCUUGAUUCGGCCUGGGUGACCAACUGAUAUAAACGUUGAUUGCUCGGUUUCACAAAACUUAAUACUAUAGGUACUUCAUGAAGAAUGGUUAUGGUUGGAUUCGAUUGGUUUCGUUCGGUCCAAGACUUGUAUUAUGAAAAAGCAAUUCUUCUUUGGUAUGUUGAACAUUUUUUUAAAAAUUAUUAUCAUCUUUUUGUUAUCGAUGGUGAUUAAACAGAGAUAUAGAUGAAGAACUAGAUGAAAAUACUGGCGAACUGUAGGGAUAAAAUAUGUUUCAACCUGAUGCGACCCGAGCCGCCACAUUGGGGGCAGUCUCCCACCCAUGUGCGGAGCAGUUCUGGCUGGCGUUUCGACGGCGCCGUUGGCGGUCGAGAGUGGGUGGCUGCGGUGCGGGUCGCGCAUAUGCUGCCAUUGCUUCUAUAAGGAUUCGAGGUCCUUCAAAGGCUGGCUCCCCGACUGAUAUGUUGUUCGUCAUUACUCCAAUUACUCAGAUCAAUACGAUUCUGGAGCCGACAAUUGCCUGUUCGCGAAUCCCUCGGCAAUGGUCGAUGAGACCGACACCGAUCUCAAGCUCCCAAUGCUACCCCGGAGGCAACAAUUGGCAGUUCGCGAAGCCCUCGGGUGUGAUCGAUGAGACCGAGCUCGAGCUCCCAAUGCUUCGUUUAGAACUCGAAUUUUAGUCGAAUUCUAGAGGUCCCGAGACCUCGGGACUUUCUUUCUCGACAAGGAUCUGGUACCUCCAACUACCAAACUCCGAACUACUUUUAUGGUAUCUCCAACUCCAACUUGGACUCGGACACCUCCAUAUCUCAAUCCGACCUCCUUCGGAAUAUCUUCAUGUGUACAACCAGUAGAAACAUAUACGACCUUAAAACCAUGAAUCUUUACAAUGAUAGGAUAUCGUCCACCUAUAAGUUCUGGUAGCGUACGGGAUAGUGUUCCUUACUUGCAAAGGAUUUUUUUGUAGCUCUUAAUAAACGAAGAAGCAUCAAAAGAGAGGGAGUUUAGGAGGAAGUUUAAAGCUUUAUACUGACAUGAACAAAGAACAGAGACACGAAAAGGGCACACACAACAAAGAGGGAA